AUGCUGAGACGAGGUAACAUUUUGAGCCUGAGAAGCUUAAAUGUUCGCCAUUAUAGUGCCAAAGUUAAUAUCAAAAUUGAAAACUCAACCACUUUGAAGAAACCUGUCUACAAUUUCAAAGGAAUCAGUGAAAACCUAGAUCAUUAUUUAUUAAGUGCCAAAAGAAGAGAGUUACCACAAGAUGUUUUGAAAGAGAUUCAGAAUACAGGUGAAUAUUAUGCAAAAGUGAAAGACUUAACUGCAAGUUUGACCAAGAUAAGAGCUGAAAAGAAUAUAUCUCAAGUAACAUUGAAGGAACUGAGACAGAAGAAAGAAAUUGGUGCAAAAUAUGAAGAACAAUUAAAAAUCCAAGGUAUGCUAAAAAAGCUUGAAAAAGAAAUAAAUGAGAACAUCAAAGCUGAAGAACUAAAACUAUACGGUGUGAUGGAAAGCUUUCCUAAUGCACUUCACGAAUCUGUCAAAGAUGAACAAGAACUAGUGAAAUAUUUGAACCCAAAAGAUCAAUAUGAACCAAUCCCAGAGUUGGAACACAGCAAGAUUGCCCAAGACUUCGGAAUUGUUGACUUGAAAGCUGGAUCAACUGUAAGUGGAUCAUCAUGGUAUUACUUAAUUGGCGAUGGUGCCCUUCUAGAACAAGCCUUAGUUCAAUACGCUCUCAAGCUUGCAAGAAAACAUGGGUAUAAAAUGGUCACACCACCAUCUAUUGUGAAAGUUGAAGUUUCUGAUGCAUGUGGCUUUAAACCAAGAGAUCAAAAUGGAGAAGUUCAAACGUAUGAGUUGAAACAAGACGGGCUGGUGUUGACUGGUACUGCUGAAAUUCCUCUUGCUGGGCUGGCAAUUAAUAAGACAUUCAAUGAACAAGAUUUACCAGAAAGAGUCGUUGGAGUCAGCAGAAGCUAUAGAGCAGAGGCAGGUGCUAGAGGGAGAGACACUAAAGGUUUAUAUCGUGUUCACGAGUUCACAAAAGUUGAACUGUUUGUAUGGGCUGCAGAAAAUCAAUCUGAAGGUGAAUUGGAAAAAUUAAGAGAAUUUCAAGAAGAACUAAUAACUUCAUUAGGAUUGAGCGCAAGAGUUUUAAACAUGCCAGCUAAUGACUUGGGUGCGCCAGCUAUCAAGAAGUAUGAUAUAGAGGCUUGGAUGCCAGGUAGAGGAAAUUGGGGUGAAUUAACUUCAACAUCAAAUUGUACUGAUUUCCAAUCAAGAAGAACUCAUACCAAAUACAAAAAUAAAGAGCUGCAGAAGAGCUUUUUUGUUCACACCUUGAACGGUACUGCUCUAGCUGUUCCAAGGGUUAUUGUUGCAUUGAUUGAAAACUUUUAUGACCCUAGUUCGAAUAGAAUUGCAAUCCCAAAAGUUCUUCAAUCCUAUAUGGAUGACAAAGAAUUCAUAGAAAAGGUGAACUAG